UUGGAUUUCCUUUUUGACACAUUUAGCACAUGAAUUGGCGCUGAGCUAGAUCUCACAAGUCAUGCAGCGCUACACCCUGACGCAGUAAGGACUCUUGGCUGUUAUGAUUUCAGCAAUGAGUUUAAAGGGAUUCUUCAGAAAUGACAUUCUGCAAGGUUCCCAAAGGAAAAAGAGCCGUCCGUGGCAGAGAUGCUCGCUCAACAGGGAUAGCAAAGACAAACACCUUCAGAAUGCAGUUUCAACACUUGGAACUUUGCCAAGAGGACAAAAACAGAUUCCUUUUCAGGGCACAUGUUCCUUAUCAAAUUCCCUGGUGGAUUAUACUGAUCCUGAAAGGACAUUGGUUCUGUUGGAGAAACAGGAUAAUGAAACAUUCGGAUUUGAAAUUCAAACAUAUGGCCUUCUGCAGAAGAACGGCAGUGCAGUGGAGAUGUGCACAUUUGUGUGUAAUGUACAGGAACACAGCCCUGCUGAGAAUGCAGGCCUGGCCAUCGGUGACAUCAUUGUUACUGUCAAUGGCUCCUCCACAGAGGGCUCUGCGCACCAGCACAUUCUGGAACUGAUUCAGAACUCCACCAACUUAUUAGCGAUGGAGACAAUCAAUGGAACCAUGGUGAAAAUAAUUCAGCUAGAGAACAAACUAAGGAUGCUGAAGAAAAGUCUGCGAGAAAAAUGGGUGGAACUGCGAGCAGUGACCUUACAGGAACAACGCCUUAUCCGGGGAAACCUCAACGACGCCCUGCCUUUCCCCAGUUUGGACAUGUCCGUUUCUUUCAGCUUGCCCAUGAGUGAGCGUUGCUCCAGUGACGGCAGCUGUGGGAGCAUUAUGGCAGUGGAGAGUGAGGAGGGUGCCCCCCUGCCCUACAUUUCUGAGGACCUGAGUCCUUCUAACUCCAGUCAUACAUCUGCCACUGGCGAAGAUUGCUUCUCCUCCAGUGACUUUACCCCUAGGGGCCUCCUUUACCCACGUGGCCAUACGUGCAGUGUAAGCCUAGCUGGCAGCACUGGGUCCCCAUCUCUCUCACCCUCCCCCUCCAGGGAUGUCAAUAGGGCCUCCUCACCUUUUGAGACACUACCCUGGAAGUCUCGACAAACAAGUGUCAGGAAACGGAUUAUGAAAUUAAUCCUUGGAAACAACUGCUCGCUGAAGAAAGAAGAGAGCCACUGACCCAUGGCCACACGAUCCCUCCAUGACAUGAUUCAUCACGCAAGCAUUACUGAGGCUUCAAAAAUGAUAUGUAUAAUGUAGAUUGUGUUUAAAUAUUUACCUCACAAAAAAAAAAAACACAGGGUAAAAGGCCAAGAGGGACGGAAACAUUAUUAAUUUUAUUUGUCUUAUUUUUGUUACAAUUAAGUGGCAUUCACUAUUAGCCAACAUUAACGCUCAGAAUCUGGGUAAACUAUGCUCGGUCAAAGCAUCACAAUUCUAGUGUACUCAUAAAUUCAAAAAUUAAAGUUGUUUCUCAUGUAAUUGUUAUUUAAAACUUUCUGAAAAUAAUUCUGUUCUCCACUGAAUGUAUCCUAAGGGAAUAACAACAUUACUUCUCUCACAUUGUAUUGGCUUUUUUGACAAAUUGCUGCAGUUAGAUAUUGAGUAUUGUUAUGUUGUGGGGGCACUUUGUAAAGUGAGUGUUUCAUUCAUUUUGUCAGAAAGGCUGAAUGAUGUGAUUUGACUGCAGGGGCCCUUCAAGGCUUGUGUUGAAAUCUUUAUAAACCUCUGCGGAUCCUACUCUUCUUUUUCUUGGAUGUGAGUUCAACCUAGAAUGUAAAUUUAAAUUAUUAAAAAAAAAAAACAAAACAAAAAAAAAACAUCAUAAGCCUUUAAUUUUAAGAAUUGCCUCAAGGGAAAUCCAAUAAAAUUAAUUACUUGUC